AUGUCCGCUUCCAAGUUCCUCGCCCCGGAUGAUAUCCUCAGGGACGAGGAACCUCCCGCUCAGGAGCCUCUCCUUCUCACCAUCCGCUUCUCCGCGUCGAUCCCCGACCUCCCCCUCGAUGUCUUAUCUCCAGACACCACCACCGCAGCAGGUGUCAAGCAAUUGAUUCGCACUCGUCUGCCGCCCGAUCUCUCCUCGCACCGACUCCGUCUCAUCUACGCUGGCCGUGGACUCGAAGACUCCGUCGCGCUCUCCGUGUCGCUCAAACUCCCUCCGUCGCCUACCCGAUCGCCCAUCCCCGCCGACAGCGAUGCCACGGACACCCCCAAGGCAAAAGAUAAGGGCAAGGCCCCCGUGCGGGAGGCUCCACGCCUGUACAUCCACUGCUCAAUCGGCGACAUCGUCCUCUCCGCCGCAGACCUAGAGGCCGAGGCCGCGGUCGCCUCCACCAUCACCCAACAGCAAGCGGACGCAGACGACGAGUCGCACGCGCCGAAGAUGACCGGCGCCAGCUCGCACCCCGCAGAGCCCUCUACCACGACGCCCGCGCCGCGCGGCUUCGACCGCCUCCUCUCGGCCGGGUUCACACCCGCCGAAGUGUCGGCGCUGCGGUCCCAGUUCCUGGCCAUUCAGUCUGUGUCGCGCACCCCGGGACACGAUGCCCACGGGGCGCGGAGCUGCGCGAGCUCGAGGACCGCUGGAUGGACGAGGGGUCGUCGGCUAUGGCGGCAGGCGUGGGUGGGGGCGGUGCGUCCCGGUGGUGACGGGAGCCCCGUCGUUUGCGGACGACGACGGCGGGUUUGGCUCGGGCUCUCGCGGUGCGAUGGAUGA